AUGGGCGAUACGGUGAACCCUCCCCUCUCGUAUGAGGCCUCUGCCACGACCACCCAUCGACAUGUCGCAACGACUCUCCCACCAGAGGUCAUUUCAUGCCUCAAGAACUCCCGAUUUCUUCAUCUAGCUACAUGUGACGGCUUAACCCCCCACAUCUCCCUCAUGUCCUACACCUACCUGCCCUCCACGCCGUUUGACCCAUACCCCACGAUAAUUAUGACUACGAACCCGUCUUCUCGUAAAACAAUCCACUUACAGACCAAUCCUCGAGUGUCGCUUCUGGUACACGACUGGGUGUCACAUCGUCCACCAACCCGCACAAAUCCUGGGGGCGCCCGCGAUGGAUCGCCACCGCCUGCAGCAACCCGAUCUUCGCUGGGUAGUUUACUUUUGGCUCUGAAUACGAGUGCAAUGUCAAGCAUUUCCACGACCAUUACAGCAGAGGCUCGCUUUUUGGAGUCUGGCUCUGAGGAAGAGACCUGGUGCAAAGAGAGGCAUCUGGAGAACAACACAUUUGAGGAGGAAUUGAGCACAUUCGGUCAGGCACAGCAGCAACAGGCCGGUCAGCGCCGGCCCAGCCUCUCGAUUGACGAGGAUGUUCGAGUGGUCACUGUCCGAGUACGCGAAGGCCGGAUCGCUGACUGGAAGGGUGGUGUGAGAGACUGGAUUGUUGUACAGGAGGGCGAAGAACCUUCAAGUCAGCCCGAAAUAAAUGGUGUUGUUCUAUAG